AUGUCAUUAGACAUUAAUAAUAAUAAUUUUACUAAAAACUCCCCUGAGGAAGUGUCACGUUUAAAUGUAACGAUGACUCGCCAAUCAAUAACAUUAAACGUGAAUAAGCCACAAAAAAAAAUUUUUUUAUUGUUCGAUAUAAAAUUUAACAAGUUUACCUUGGAGGAAGUCACCAUUCCACCUUAUAUUUUAGUUAAGUUUUUUUUUUUGGCACACCAUGAUCCUACCGGGUUUGGAAAAUACACCCAGAUUGCCGAUCAUUUUGUACCGUUGAGUGGCGGACCAGCAAUUAAUUAUACAGCUCCUAGUGAAAAUAAUGGUGGUAUGAAUAACACACGUUGUUUUGGCAUUUUCCAGUUUAAAUUAAAACUAAUUAUGCAAAUUUGA